AGAACAGGAACAACAUGAACAUCUUCAUCGAUGAAGAAGGAUGGCAACUACCUCAAAAUAAAAGUGGUUCCAAAAAAUCAGACGGUUUACCCGGAGCAACGGAAGGCGAAGAAAUCCUUAGCGUCCCGAAAUCAGCAGAAGAAGCUCUGGCCGAUGCGCGCAAAGAAGUACGAGACUUACGCCGGCGACUUCGCGGCAUGCGGUGGAAGCUUAUAAAGAGCGAAAGUUUGAGAAACUGUUACGAGAAACGCGUUUUCAAAUUACAAGAUCAUGUUACGCAAUUGCUUUCCUCUGGCUGUAGCGCUUUUGAUGAUAGCAGCGAUUAUUCGUAUGAUAAAUCCUCGUCACGUGAUAGUGGCGGAACGAGCGGUGACAGUUCUGCCUCUUCGGUCAGCUCCAGAGAAGAGGACGCUGAAAGAGCGAUGGUAGGAAAAGUAUCAACUUGCCGUACGUGGAAUAGGAAUUAUCUCGUGGUACCAAAAUCUUCCAACGAGCCCGAUGAUGUGGAAGGGCGGUCGCGAAAUUGUCGUAGACGUCGAGAGUACCAUGGAACAAGAGACACGAGUAAAAAGAAGAAAAAUAUUAAAAAUGGAGCUGCACUUCUUUCUGAAGAUGGACGUCAGAACGCAAAGAACAAGAGGAAGAGAAGA